AGUGCUAUCUGGAGCGGUGAUGGUCGAGGUAGCGCCAGUCAACGUGACAAUGUCGUCCGCGGUAAUGGUUAUCGUCCCGGUCUAGCGACCUGACUUAGCAAAGGGACCUGCCAAGCAUUUACUGGAAGCUCACUGUAACCGUGCUGUCUGAAAUGGUGAAGACCGUCGAUGUGCUGGUGAAGGUUGCACUCUCGGUGAUCGUGCUUAUAGAACUACAUGGACAUGCUUGGAAAAGUGAAGCAGCAGUUGCAGAUGAAGGAAUAGCGGAAGAAGUUCCAACAAUAGCGAUGGAAGGCAUCUUGAGAAAGGAAUGCAAGUAAAGGGAGUUGAAAACACCGAAUGAAUGACUGUAGUGGAACUGAAGUUUGCUGUUGAGCGACA